UGACAUUUGUAUGUGUCGUGUUGUGUGGCGUCCUGUCUAUUUAUCUUAAGAAUUUAAUUUAUUUACCGAUUUUUUACUUAGGUACUUCCUUUGUGUAGAGAUGUAUUGACGCAUAAGAUCAGAAUAAAUAAGUUUUACCUAGCCUACAUAGAAUUAGUCUUAAAAGAUAAUUAGUUUAUAUCAUGGACCGAAACAAUAUGAGAUCAAGCUACAUAAACAGUGGGCCUCGUUCCCUUCCCCACAUGGGUGGGGGCAAGCGUCACAAUGGCAAUGGACACGGUCACAACGGAGCAAGACACAGCCCCCCCUCACAGAGCCCGCCAGCCCCGCCACAGAACAACAACAACAGUAAUAGCAACAACAGUAACACCCAACACGAUGAUCUCAUAAAUUAUAUCUAUGAAUCUUGGAAUAAGGUGACCCGUGAAAUAGAGCGUGGAAGCGACGAGGCAAGAUACUAUCAAGAGGUGGUGGCGCCCCGCCAACUCGCCAACUUCAGACCAUUCAACCUCGAGGAGCUAUGGGGACGCCGCCUCAUGCAGAGUAUGAACAGAAACAAACACAGGUCUUAGUUCCCGAGGGAGAGUCCCCGUUGCAAUGUCGUUUUUGCCUAUAAAAGGUUCUUUAGUAAUGGUACCACGGAUGUGGUUUAUUUUUGUGAAAUAAAUGGUUUCUUCAUUCAGUUUGUAAGGAGGUUCAAUUUUGUCUGAGUCUGAGUGAUGAUUUUUUUUUUAAUUAUUAAGAAACAUACAUACAUAAAAUCAUGUUUCUUUUCCGAUGGCAGAUGGUUGCACAUGCCACAAUUUUUGCAUACUUCUUUGGCUUCACCCACAUGCAGUGAAAUAUUUUUUAGAUCCAUGACACUAAUUUCUUUUUUAAAUCGUUAUGAUUUCCAUUGAAAGGCGUCGGUAGUCGAAUGGAUAAGUUGCGUUAACAGUGCGCGAGGAGGCAUAGGUUCAACCUUAAUUUGUUAUUCCAUCAUUAUGCUAUAUAGCUGAUAUAUUACGUGGCUAUUGAACGUUGGCUCUGUCUGCCCCAUAAGGUAUAAAGAAGUGAUUAUAUGUAUGAUCUGUUAUAUCUUAUUUCAACAGUCACAUAUUUAGAAACCGUGACCUAAAAUAUGAUAAAGUUCACAGUUAAUAUAAUAAAAAAAAAAACGCAUUGCAACGAGGAAUCAGUUAACGGUUGUUGAAAAAACACUAGUUCACGGCUAACGUUAUUUCUCUUCAGACAUUAGUUUCCCUUCAUUAUGUGAACUUUAAGCAUUUAGUGUUUUGAGACGAAUCUUCACUUUUACCACAGUUUUGUUAAUAAGAUACAUCUAUUACGUGCACGAUAUACUUCCGGAAUGGGCAAUAUAAACAUCUAACUAAUAUAAUAAAGUUUGUGAGACUGUGUGUACCUACUUUCUCAUGCAAAAUCUGCUGAACAGAUUUUGACAAAAUUAAGUACACGGGUUCAUUCAUCAAUGUUUUCAUGCAAUGGUUUCAUGAUUGCAUGCAAGGGUUGAGUUGAUCCAGUAGAGCAAUAUUAUCAUGAUUUUACCUUAAUUAUGACCUGUUGAGACAUAGAAAUCGGAAUAAUGUCGAAAAAAAUCCGAUUUAUAUUGUCUGAAAAGUGUAAUAGCUAUAUGAAAAGAAAUGUGAAUGUAGCAAAUGAAGUAUGCAGGGAUCGUGGCAAGUGGAAAGAUGUACUACCUACCUACCUGCCUACCCUGCCUUCCAAUCCGGGAAAGAGGCGUGAUUUCAUGUAUGUAUGUUAUAUGGUAUGAGACUGGAAUAUCCGCCAGUACUUCUAUAUCUAUGCUUCAAGAGCUUCUUCUUAAAUACCGUAAUAAAAAUGUUUUUUUUUUCGUGCACGAAUUAGACGUUCAGAUAAGUUUCAUUAUUUUUCGUAAACUAGUUUUAUACAGAUCAGUAUUGUAAUAAGAAUGAAUAAAAAUUAAUUUUAACUGAAUAAAUUUCGUAUUUACACUUACAAAUCUUAAAAAAUGUUACAUGUUUUAGUCUUCAAAAAGUACCUACUAACGUAUGUUAUCGAUAAUGUGAUAUAAAUUAUUAAACUAACAGCAACUAUUGAAGCAAUAAUAUUUGUAGUUGGCAUAAAGUUGGGAAACGAAGUAUUUUAAAAUGUUUUUAAGACGUAUGCAAACACUAUUGUAAAUAAGUAAGUGUGAUUUUUUUUUAAUUUAAAGUAACAUCAUUUUUAUUCCCCGUUAGAAUCAGCUAGACCUCGUUUGAAUCAUGACUAUGCUUUUAGAGUUGUGAAGUGUUGAAUAGACGCGUUAGAUGGCCUGCUUUUUGAUAUUGGAUCGUUUAUUUCAUGAUUGAUAUUAUAUGUGUCAUGUACAUGUAAUUUGGACUAUGUGAUCAUCAAAAGCUAACUGUAGACUUUUGGUCUUCAAAAUAUACCACCAUUCUUUUGUUUGUCAAUCGUGAAAAAAAAAUAUUAUCUUAUGAUACUACAUUUUGGCUUGUUGAAUAACUGUCUUCUAUUGUUAGUCACAAUUAAAGCAUGUUCAAUUUUAAGCAACACCGAGACCGGUUGAAAUGACUAGAUACAUUUUAAAUUUUAAUUGAAUUUUAACUCGACGAUAAAGUGUCAAGAAGCAGGCAAUUUUUUUCUUUUUUAUAUUUCAAUUACCUACUAUCCACAUUCCAUACAAUAACAGUACUUAGAAAUUUGAAAUUAUUGUAAAAUAAAUAGGUAGAAUUUAAGUGACGCAGCGCUGCCUGAUUAUGGAUUUGAAUAAAACAUUUUUACGAUA